AUGCAACUGCAAGCCAGCCACGCUUCCCUCGUCGUCCUCCUCAUAACAGCUUUCACCGCCAAUGGUUUUCCUGUCCAGAACACGAAGUUUGACCUUUCUAUUCAAGCAAUUCCACCACCCCAAGAAGUUCCAGGCCAACCCCCACGGAACAAUAAUCAGCGUCUCAACAAUAGACAGAAUCGUGAAACGGGCGGGACUCCUCCUACACCACCUCUUCCUCCUCCAUCGCCACAGAGAAAUCAGGGCCGAGAUAUGGUAGAGAGGCAGAAUGGCGGCCCGGGUGGAAACAACAGAGGAGGCAACCAGGAGAAUACACCCCGUCCUGCUCACACACCACCUGGUAAUGGGGGGCAGCAAAAUGGUGCCAAUCAGCAGAAUACACCCACUCCUCCACAGAGAAAUCAGGGCCGAGAUAUGGUAGAGAGGCAGAAUGGCGGCCCGGGUGGAAAUAACAGAGGAGGCAACCAGGGGAAUACCCCCCCCCCUCCUCCCCCACCACCUGGUGAUGGGGGGCAGCAAAAUAUUGCCAAUCAGGCUGGUGCUGGAGGGCAGAAUACAGGCGGCGGGGGAAAUUAGGCAUAGGGACUUCAGAUCUAUCUUGGCUUCCUCUCGGAUGCUGCGAGACUUGGGGUUGAAAGCAGAUGGCAGGGC